AUUAGCCGCUGGAAUGCGGGAGCGCGCAGGACGUUGAGUGGAGGAAAGAGCGGAACUAUUAGCGGAGAACACCGGCCGAAUAUAGGAGAAGCGAGAGAGAGAGAGAGUGACCGGAUAAUGGAGCGCCCCCUAUGCCCCAUCUCUGAUUUACUGCUGAGCAGAUCAUACAUGUGAGGAUCCACCAGAGGACUUCCACGCGGAUCUGCCCCGUGGGCACAGUAUGGCCCAGAUCUCCAACAGCAAUGGCUUCAGACAAAAGGUGUCCUCGUCUGCACACACAUUGGGAACAAGAGAUGUGGGGAAGGAGGAAGCCUUACAGAUGGAGACCGAGGCGUUGGACAAGCUGCGGAGAGACAAGAGACAGGGCACCACCUUCAUGAGGGUGCAGCAGAGAUCUGCCAGCCCGGCCAUGCCUGAUCAGGACCUCAUGGUGUUCCCGGAGAUGGAUGCCAAGACCACAGCACAAAAGUCUCUGCAUAACAUUGAUUUAGAGAAACUUCCGCUCGCUGAAUUAGAAAAGCUGCUUCUGGACGACAGUUUUGAGGUGGUCCCCAAGCCCCCCGCUGUACCUCAGACUCCUGUGUUGAAUCCGUCUGUGUCAGCACAAUGUUAUACCAUCCCCUCGUUUCAGUGCAGUCAGUGGGCACCCCAACCGCCGGUGCCUUGCUCCUUACAGCCGACCUUCUCUGCAUCAUAUUUAAAACGCUCUGAUCCUUUCCAGAAUGGCUUCCACCCCUCAGUGCGAUGCAGGGAGCCGGUUUUUCUCAGUCUUCCAACACCCACCCAAUAUGUUUCCUUCCCCAUGCCAGCUCGUGCUCCCUUCCCUAUGAGGGGAACCUUGCCGGCAUAUUCCAGCGUUGUCACCCCUGACAUGGCGAAGUUAUUUGAUAAAAUAGCAAGGACGUCAGAGUUCUUGAGGAACGGGAAGUCCAACCAUGAAACCCAGUUACCCCGAACCCCUGGCUCCCCUGGGAAUGGUGUCGUAGACAAGACAGAUGACAUCAGCAAGUUCGACUGGCUGGACCUGGACCCCCUCAGUAAACCCAAGGUGGAUUCUGUAGAGCUCUGCAGUGGCCAGGUCAGUGAGGCGGUGUCCUUCGGGUCGUCUGCUGGAGAUCCCUGGGAUGCUGUAUUACAGGAGGAGCAGCCUAUAAAAUCAUCGUACUGCGAGAGGAAAGCGAGUGGCAAAUCUCCAUCAGGGCCCACAGUUGCCAGAAGCCACUCGUUAAACCUGCGGUCAGCACCCGGGCAGCUGUCCAGGAGUCAGAGCACCGAGAAUGAUGGUGGGACCAGCACGAAGAUGCCCCCGGGAAGCUCUUUCCUGCAGGAUAUGGAGGUGCAAAAUGAGGAAGUCACAGCCUUCUGUAAAGAAGUGGAAAGGUUGAGGACGCUCUGCCCCAGUGACAGCUCGCUCAGUAAUCCCGGCUUUGUGCUGAGCCCCGUGAUGACGCAGUGGACGCCGAGCAGCGAGAUCUCCAGCACUAAGGUGUCCAUAGAGAUUGAGGGCUUCCAGCAGCCAGUGACAUUCACUUGUGACGUGAGCUCUCCGGUAGAGCUGAUCAUUAUGCAGGCGCUCUGCUGGGUCCAUGAUGACCUGAGCCAGGUGGACAUUGAGAGCUAUAUCCUGAAGGUGUGCGGCCAGGAAGAAGUGCUCCAAAAUAAGCAUUGUCUGGGCAGCCAUGAAUAUAUCCAGAUGUGCCGUAAAUGGGACACGGAGAUCCGACUGCAGCUGCUGUGUCACCGCACCGUGUGCAGGGCACUGGCACGGACUGCUGAAGAUGACAAGACACCAGUUGACCUUAAUAGACACUUGGCCCUGCUGGACAGGCCGUUCAAAGAGCCAGUCACACGGAAGGACAUCGAAGAAUUACUGGAUGCCUACCAUGAGCAAGUCAGUAUGUGCCUUAAAAAUGAGAGCAAUCCUUACAGAGCGGCUGACCAAGUCAUCAAAGUGGUGAGGAAUAUCUGCAGGACCGCACACAGUGUGGAGACGCCUGCCAUUACAGAGUGCAUCAAGAAGCUACGCAGGGCAGUGAACCUGCCGCGCAGCCGUAGUGUGGAGGGUCCCUCCAGUCCUGCUGCUGGAAGUAACCUCACGGCUUCAGAUGGCUCUCCAGACUGUGACAGUCCUCUACAGGAGAGUUUAAGCCACUUAACUACUGCUGUGCACACCCUGCUGCAGCUUCAUCUCGCCUCCUGCACCCCUGCUACCAACCCAAGCAGCAGUAGCAAGCCCCUGAAGGAAGCUCGCACCUCAGAUGACCAUCUCCAAUUCACAAUAUUUGCAGCUCAUGGUAUCCCUACAGCUUGGGUUUCCAGUUUUGAGAAGUAUUUUAUCAUCUGUUCCCUGCUGUACAACGGGAAAGAUUUGUUCAAACCUGUGCAGUCUAAGAAAGUGGGGACCUACAAGAGCUUCUUUUAUCUCAUCAAAUGGGACGAACUAAUUAUCUUCCCCAUACAGAUGGCGCAGCUGCCCCUGGAGUCCAUUCUGCAGGUGAAGAUGUACGGGGUAUUAAAUCCGAAUAGUGGGGGCUCUCCAGACUCCAACAAGCAGAGGAAAGGGCCCGAUAUGCUGGGCCAGGUGUCUGUACCCCUCUUUAACUUUAAAAGGACUCUGACCAGUGGAACCAAGCUAUUAAAUCUGUGGACAUCAUUCCUUACUAACACCAUGCCAGCUGCUAGCCUGGGCAGAAAAGUCACCCAGACACAGAAGCUGGUCCUGCAGGUGGAUUUUCCUUCGCCUGCCUUUAAUAUCGUGUACAAAGCCCCAGAUCUAACUGGGAACGUUGUCCCCCUGAGCUUUGAGACACUGGACAAAGACUCCAAGAGCCGGCUCCUGUCACUUCUCACCAGAGAGUCUCCCUCCGGGAUGUCAAAGGAAGAUAAAGCGUUCAUUUGGGAGAAACGUUACUACUGCCACCUCUACAAGGAUUGCCUUCCAAAGGUCCUGGCCAGUGCCCCAAAAUGGGAUGUGGCCUAUCUGCCGGACAUCUAUGCUCUGAUCCACUCGUGGCCGACCGUGAGCCCAGUGUGUGCGCUGGAGCUUCUGAACUCUAGGUUUGCUGAUCAGGAGGUCCGCGCAGCAGCAGUAGGCUGGAUCCGGGACGGGAUGAGCGAUGAUGAGCUGGUCGAUCUUCUCCCACAGUUUGUACAGGCCAUUAAAUCUGAGAUCCACCUAGACAAUUCGCUGGUGCGGUUCCUGCUGUCUCGCGCUCUGGGUAACGUCCGAGUUGCUCAUUAUUUGUACUGGUUGCUUAAGGAUUCUCUCAAUGAUCCACAUUUUGGGCCCCGCUAUGAGCUGGUUCUUGGGGCCCUCCUUUCUAUAUGUGGUAAAAGUUUACGGCAAGAACUAGAGAAGCAGACCAGGUUCACGCAGCUGCUGGGGGUCGUGGCAGAAAAAGUCAGACAAGCAAGUGGUUCUGGGCGACAGGCGGUUCUGCAGGAAGGCAUGGAGCGCGUGCAGCUGCUGUUCCGUAAUCACAAGAUUCGUCUGCCUCUUAACCCCAGCCUGGAGGCCAAAGAACUGAAUGUGAAGGCCUGCUCCUUCUUCAAUUCUAAUGCUGUUCCCCUGAAAGUGGCGAUGGUUAAUGCCGACUCCAUGGGAGAAGAGAUCCACUCCAUGUUUAAGGUGGGAGAAGACCUGCGUCAGGACAUGCUGGCCCUGCAGAUUAUAAAGAUGAUGGACAAGCUGUGGCUGCAGGAUGGCCUGGACAUGAGGAUGGUCAUCUUCAAGUGUCUCUCCACAGGCACAGACAGAGGUUUGGUGGAGCUGGUGUUGUCCUCAGAAACACUGAGAAAGAUCCAGGUGGAGUAUGGAUUGACGGGAUCCUUCAAGGACAAACCUUUGGCUGAGUGGCUGCGGAAAUUCAACCCAUCAGAGGAGGAGUAUGAGAAGGCCUCGGAGAACUUCAUUUACUCAUGUGCCGGCUGCUGUGUGGCCACCUACGUCCUGGGCAUCUGUGACCGCCACAAUGAUAACAUCAUGCUCCGGAGCAGUGGUCACAUGUUUCACAUCGACUUUGGGAAGUUCUUGGGACACGCUCAGAUGUUUGGUAGUUUUAAGAGAGACCGAGCUCCCUUUGUGUUGACGUCAGACAUGGCAUAUGUCAUUAAUGGAGGGGAGAAGCCCACCAGACGCUUCCAGCUCUUCGUGGACCUGUGCUGCCAGGCAUACAAUCUGCUCAGAAAACACACAAACCUCUUCCUGAACCUGCUGUCACUGAUGCUGUCAUCUGGGCUGCCAGAACUAACUAGUGCUCAGGAUCUAAAAUACGUCCACGAUGCUCUGCAACCACAAGCCACGGACGCCGAGGCCACCAUCUUCUUCACCAGGUUGAUUGAGUCCAGUCUGGGGAGUGUGGCCACAAAGUUUAACUUCUUCAUCCACAAUCUGGCACAACGAUUUUCAGGGCUCCCAGCAAGCGAUGACGCGAUCCUGUCCUUCGCCCCUAAAACCUAUACCCUAAAGCAAGAUGGCCGCAUCCGAGAGGCCUCGAUCUUCACGUACCACAAACGAUACAAUCCGGAUAAAUACUACAUCUACGUGGUGCGGGUGGCACGGGAGACACAGGAGGAGUCGCUCUUUAUAUUCCGCACCUUUGAUGAGUUCCAGGAGCUGCACAAUAAGAUGAGCAUCUUGUUUCCUCUCUGGAAGUUACCAGGUUUUCCGAGUAAAGUCGUCCUGGGAAGAACUCACAUAAAAGAUGUGGCGGCUAAAAGGAAAGUAGAGUUAAAUAGCUACCUCCAGGAUCUGCUGAACAGCUCGGCUGAGGUCUCGGAGUGUGACCUGGUGUACACCUUCUUCCACCCGCUGAACCGAGAUGAGAAGAUCGAUGAAUGUGAUGUCGCUGUGCGCGGUGAACCUCCCCUCAGCCCGACAGCCGGCAAGAUUGAAGGGGAAGUAAAAUUAUCUAUUUCUUACCGGAACGGGACGCUUUUCAUUAUGGUGAUGCACAUAAAGGAUCUGGUGACAGAUGAAAGCACAGACCCAAAUCCUUAUGUGAAAACGUAUCUGCUCCCAGACCCCCACAAAACAUCCAAACGCAAGACCAAAAUUGCCCGGAAAACCCGCAACCCAACCUUUAACGAGAUGCUGGUGUACAGUGGGUACAGUAAGGAGACCCUACGGCAGAGAGACCUCCAGCUAAGUGUCCUCAGUGCCGAGUCUUUACGGGAGAACUUCUUCCUCGGCGGCCUGACACUGGCCCUUAAAGAUUUCAACUUGAACCAGGAGACGGUGAGGUGGUACAAGCUGACGGAGGUGCCGUACCCCUGAGACCACCCCGGGUGCCCACCAUGACCACUAUUACUGAGCGGUGGUCAGUGCUGUCAUAAUCCACUAACCACGGGACUUCAACAUUCCACAACCACUCGCCAACCGUGUGCCACGUAUGAGCGCCACCCUGUGAGCGGAACAUCUCCGCACCCUAAACCCCCCCACCGCAGCAAUAACUGCUCCUGCCUUACCCUGCUGUACCCAAGGGUGGCCGGCCGCCCCUGCUCAGCCUAGCUGUAAAUACAUUUUAUUAGAAUAUUGAGCACACGUUGAGGCGUCACACACCCCGAGAUCUGCAACCAAAGUUUUCCUUCUCUAAACAUUUCUACUUUAUUACAGUAUCAUGUACUGCACACAUCCAUAGGGGGCAGCGUGCCCCACCACAUUCCUGAACCGGCCGCUCUAUGGAGUCUUCAGCAUCUUGUUUUUUUUUUGUUUUUUUAUGUAAAUUCUCAAUUGUUCUGAUUUCUUGUAAAUCUUCAAAUCUCCUACCUAUUGAUGAUGAACUUCCUGCAGCUGCCACCAGGGGGAGCUGACUGCCAAACUGCACACAGUCCACUGAGCUGAGUGAUGCCAGGGCGUGCAGUGAUCUCCCCCUGGUGGCCGCUGCAGAAACAAAUCCAACCACUAUGUAUAAAUAGCCUCAGAAUGUUGGACCCGAAAACCACCCAGUGACUAAAGGCGGAGGGUCACUUUAUGUCUGUUUUACUCAGUGGUGCCCUCUAAUCCAUUUUCUCAGAUCUUAUGCUGCGGUUCUGAGCCCUGGAGUGGCGGAUUAACAGAGUUUUAAUGUAUAUAUCCAUUUCAGUGAUUUUGGGGCGAAGUGAUGGCCCCAUUUGCCACUUCCAGAAUUGGCGCAGAGUUUUGUGCGUCCUGUAUCUUUUAGCGCAUAACGCUGUGUAUAGAUUGUACAUUGUAUUUAUUGUGCCUGUUCAGAUGAUGAAUCCGUCGCUUUUACCUCUGCCAGGGACAAGCACCGUUCUCUCCACGAAUUUCAUAUAUCUGUCAAACCUAACAUUUCUCACUGACCUAUAAAUAAAAUUUUGCUAGUUUUGCAUUAA